AUGUCCCGGGUUACCCGAGCCAGCGCACGGCAAGCUGCCGCCACCAGCACGCCCAAAGUUACUUCGCCUCUCAGCAGCCAAGCCAGGCGGGCUAACAUCAAGGCGGAGUCCACCGACGAAAAGCCAUCGAAACGCAAGACGACUACCAAGUCGCCCACCAAAUCAAGCUCCAAGCGCAUCAAGACGGAAGACGACGACGAUGCCCUGCCAGCAACGCCUGCCAAGCGCGUCAAGAAGGACCCCUCAGAAGACGAUUCACCGGCAGCCAAACCCAAGGUCUCACCAUCAGGGGCAUCGCCCAACACCCUCCAAGCCAAGAAGCUCAAGGCCUUUGAUCAAUUCUCAGCCAAAUCCCCUUUCCCAGACUUUGCCCACCCCACGGCCGAGGAAGCCAAGCUCGCGCACCGCAUCCUCACCUCGCUGCACGGCGCCCGCACGCGGCCCGACACGGUCAAGGCGCCCACCUCGCGCGCCGGCUGCGGCGACUCGCCCUCGGUCCUCGACGCUCUCGUGCGCACCAUCCUCAGCCAGAACACGAGCGACGCCAACUCGACGCGCGCCAAGCGCAGCAUGGACGCCGUCUACGGCGGCAGCGACGAGUGGGCCGCCAUCGCCGCCGGCGGUGCCUCCAAGCUGCAGGAGGCCAUCAAGUGCGGCGGCCUCGCCGCCGUCAAGAGCAAGGUCAUCCUCGGCAUCCUCGAGCAGGCCAAGGCCAGGUACGGCGCCUACUCGCUCGACCACAUGUUCGACAAGACGGACGAAGAGGCCAUGCGCGAGCUCAUCGGCUUCCAGGGCGUCGGGCCCAAGACGGCGAGCUGCGUGCUGCUGUUCUGUCUCCGGCGCGAGAGCUUCGCCGUCGACACGCACGUGUGGCGCAUCACGGGCCUCUUAGGGUGGCGUCCGAAGACCGCCAGUCGCGACGAGACGUAUGCCCACCUCGACGUGCGCAUCCCGGACGAGGACAAGUACGGCCUGCACAUCCUGCUGGUGAAGCACGGCAAGGUGUGCGACGAGUGCAAGGCUGGCGGCAAGAACCUGGGCAAAUGUGCACUGAGAAAGGCCUUCCGGGACAAGGCCAAGGGUGUCGCUGGCGCCUCGCCUGAGUUGCCCGACGAAGACGAAGACGAGAACGGUGACGUGAAAGAAGAGACGAAAGACAAAGUCAAGGAGGAAGCGAAGGACGAAGAUGAAGAAUCUUAA